AUGCUCAACCCGCAUGAAUCCCUGGGCAUAGCCCAAAUCAUCUUCUACGUCCCCAUCGUCCCAGCCGCCAUCAAGCUCAUGCACCGCAACGGCCAGAUCCUCCGUCUCGCAGGCGGCCCCGUAACAAUCGCCCUCGAGCAAUCCCCCAGCAUAGGCCUCUACUCCGCCGCCAUCGUCCUCCUCAACGUAGGCGUCGUCCCUCUCAUCAUAGCAACACUAGGCUUCGUCCGCAUCAUCCUCCUGGACAACUACACCACCCCCUCCCGCGCCAAAACCAUCACGGCCCUCAUGCGCGCCACAAUCAUCAUAGCAAUCGGCCUCCUCGCCGCCGGCGGGGGCAUCUCCUCCCUCGGAACACCCUCCGCAACGCAUCUCAGCCGCACGCUGACCCUCGUCGGAUACAUUGUCUUCGCCGUGAUGCACGCCGCCCUCGUCGCCAUCAUGAGCUUCUUCUACCGGCGGAGAAAGGAUACUCUUGUGCCCAGCAGUCGAACCAUCAUCCGAGCCGGCCUCCUCGCAUCCCCCUUCCUCCUCACCCGCACCAUCUUCGGCCUCCUCCAAGUCGCCCGCCAAAACGACUCUUCCUCCUCGCCCUUCUUCAACCCCGUCGUCGGCAACGCCGCCGCGUUCGGCCUCAUGGCGCUGCUCCCAGAGUACGUCGUCGUGCUCGCUUACAUGUACGCCGGCUUCUCGAUUGCGCCUGAUCGGGGAGUUGCUGUCCGUGGGGUUGUUGUGGGGGGAGAAGAGACGGUGACGAGGGUUACGCAGGAGGCUGCUAAGAGUAGUGUCUGA